UUUCGAGAGGUUGUUUUAGAUGGAAUACGGCGCUGUUGGGGAUUGCAGCCACGACUGAUGCUGGCAGGAGAGAGAGAGAGACUCAGCCAAAAGUGCGAGACUCCAGUUGCAGCAACUUAACUCCCAGUCACUCACUUACUCCCUUCCAGCAAGCAGCGCACAGUCUGCCAAUGACUCUGACCGUAGUUUGGCGGCACCGGACAACUUUCUAAACUUGAUCUACAGGACAGAGUGAGAACGAGAGAGGAGAGGGACGAGAUGGGGUACGAGCUGGAUCGUUUCAACGGGGAGGUGGACCCCGAGUUGAAAUGCAACCUGUGCAACAAGGUGCUGGAGGACCCGUUGACCACGCCGUGCGGGCACGUCUUCUGCGCCGGCUGCGUGUUGCCCUGGGUGGUGCAACAGGGCAUGUGCCCGGUGAAGUGCCAGAGGAUGUCCACCAAGGAGCUGAACCACGUCCUGGCACUCAGGAACCUCAUCUCCAAGCUGGACAUCAAGUGUGACUACCGGGCGCGGGGCUGCGGCAAGGUGGUUCAGCUGCAGAGCUUGGCCGAGCAUGUGGAGAUGUGCGAGUACAGCCCGGCUCGCUGCAGGAACAAGGGCUGCAAGGAGGUGCUCAACCUGAAGGACAUGGACAUGCACAUGCGGGAGACUUGCGAGUGCCGGCCGGUGGGGAUGUGCGAGCAGGGCUGCGGGCUGGUGCUGCUGCACCGGGACCUGGCACCGGCCGGUGGCCGCCACUGCUGUGUGCAGGCGCUGCGGGCACAGAGCGGCUCCCUGCAGAUGCAAGCAGCCGGCCUGGCGCAGGAGCUGCGGCAACAAGCGGCCCGUGCCGGCAAACGGGAACAGGCGCUGCUCGCCCGCGUCUCGGCGCUGCAGAGCGAGGUCCAGCUCACCGCCCUGCGCUACCAGAGGAAGGUCCAACACUACAUGGGCCAUGGCAAGGAGGCAGCCGCCCGCUGCGGGGGUGGAGAAAGCAAACCAUUAACUGUAGUUUUGCACAGAGAAAAUGACACUCUUGGAUUUAACAUUAUUGGCGGAAGGCCAAGUCCGAACAGCGAGGACGAUUCUACAAGCGAAGUCAUUUAUGUUUCCAAAGUCACGGAGAAUGGACCCGCGAACAAGCCGGAUGGACUCCAAGUUCACGACAGGAUCAUCGAGGUCAACGGGAAGGAUCUGUCGAAAGCCACACACGAAGAGGCAGUGGAGGCGUUCCGCAACGCCAAGGACCCGAUUGUCGUGCAAGUUCUGCGGAGAACCCCCGUCACAAAAAUCCAUGGCAGCUCCCAGGAGGUCCCGCUGGUGGAUGCUGGCACACAGACAGAAAUCACUUUUGAACACAUCAUGGCUCUGUCCAAGCUCAGAUCAUCUUCCCCUCCGGUUCCCGACAUCUGCCCCUAUCUGCUGUCAGACAGCUGUCAUUCCUUGCACCCUAUGGGACACGACUAUUAUGAAGCUAGUGAUUACCUUCCCAACUUGGUUCAAGACGGAGACAGAGCUGACGAAAUGGAAUAUGAGGAGGUUGAACUCAGCCGCAUCAGCAUCCAGGAGAAGUUGGGCUUGACAGUCUGCUACAGAACAGACGAUGAUGAAGAUGAUACUGGGAUCUAUGUCAGUGAGGUUGACCCCAAUAGCAUUGCUGCCAAAGAUGGGCGCAUCAGGGAAGGAGAUCGGAUCGUGCAGAUAAAUGGCAAGGAUGUCCAAGACCGGGAAGAAGCAGUGGCGUUGCUCUCCAGCGAGGAAAGCAGAAAUAUUCUCCUGCUGGUUGCUAGACCCGAGAUUCAGUUGGAUGAGGGUUGGCUGGAUGAUGAUCGAAAUGAUUAUCUCGAUGAGCUACACAUGGACAUAUUAGAAGAACAACACAAUCAAGCAAUGCAAUUCACAGCCACAGGUCUUGAGCAGCAGAAAAAGCACGAGGAAGAUGGUGGAACAACAGACACGGCAACUACCUCCUCCAAUAACCACGAGAAAGACAGUGGGCUUGGCCGUACGGAUGACAGUGUGAGGAACGAUGAGAGCUCGGAGCAGGAGAUCCUGGGAGAGGAGCAGAACAGCACCUUGCUCGAGAGCCAGCGAGAGCUAGGCUAUAGUCAGGACACUUUGGGCAGCAGCGAGCUCCAAUGCAACGAGAGCUUUGUGUCGGGCGAAUACAACGAUUCCGACUUUGUCGGCACCCAGGACGAAGACUGCGAGAGGUUCAAGGAGCUCCUGGAGCUGAAGUGCAAGAUGAACAACCGCAGCCAGUUUGACCUUUACUAUUCCACCAGCACCAUAGAAUGCGGCAAGAGGCAGCAAGAGGUGAUGGAUCGGGAACUGGAGAUACUCAACGAGGAGCUGAGGAACAUUGAGCUGGAGUGCCAGAACAUCAUGCAGGCUCACCAGCUGCAGAAGGUGAGGGAGGAGUAUGGGGACGUGUGGUCCAUCCAUGGCAGCAGCUUCAGGAACUACAACACCAGCGUCGACACACAGAGGGGGAAGCUGGCCGACAUCCUGGAGCACCCUGAGAAAUCGGACAAGGACAGCUCAAGCGCCUACAACACGGCCGAGAGCUGCAGCAGCACCCCGCUUACGGUGGACCGCUCCCCGGACAGCUCUCUCCAGCGAAUGGUCUGCAUCAUCAACAAGAAGAACCUACGGAGCGCCGUCGAGCAGGCGCCGCCAUCGCCCAGGGAAGUCAGCCCCGCCGUCAGCAGCUCCUCGGAGACGCCAGAGACAGCUGUGCCUGGGGAGGACCCGGGGAACCUGACGGAGGGGAGCAAGUCGGGGGAGCAGGAGUGCGGUGGCGGGGAGCGGAUCCCUUACCUGUCGCAUUACCACAGCUCCCCUCACAGGCACGUCAACAUCCCCGCCCACGCCCGCCAUUACCAGAGCUACAUGCACCUGAUCCAGCAGAAGUCGGCGGUGGAGUACACCAACAGCCAGCUCAGCCUGGUCAGCGCCUGCAAGGACUCGCAGAGGGCAGGGGGCGAGGCAGAGAUGGCCGGUGGCUCCAAGUUGGAUUGGAAGGUGAAGGUGCGCAGCGACGGCUCGCGCUACAUCACCAAGCGGCCGGCACGCGACCGCCUGCUGCGCGAGCGAGCGCUCCGGAUCCGCGAGGAGCGCCGCGGCCUGACGACGGACGACGACGCGGUGAGCGAGCUGAAGACGGGUCGUUACUGGAGCCGCGAGGAGCGCAAGCAGCACGCGGCGCGCGCCCGCGAGCAACGGCGGCGGCGCGAGCUCAUGCUGCGCAGCCGCCUCGAGUGCCUGCAGGGCGACGGCGCAGAGGGCAAGAAGGAGGUGAGCAUCAUCGAGCUCAGCCACAGAAAGAUGAUGAGGAAGCGCAACAAGAAGAUCUUCGACAACUGGAUGACCAUCCAGGAACUCAUGACACACGGUGCCAAGUCACCAGACGGUACGAGGGUCUACAAUUCCUUCCUCUCGGUCACUACUGUGUAAAAGGAGACACUUGUUUUUUUUAUAUAUAUAAGGACGCUAUCCAUUUUGAGGUAGCAUACAAUUGCCUCGUUAAAUGUGGCAUGUCACUUUUUUCUAUCCGAGGACUGCUUUUGAUCUGAAUCGUGGUUUUUACAAGCAGUUGCUGAUUCACUUUUACAAGAUUUAUAAAUGUGGUAACUGUUUGUAGGUCACAAAUCCCCACCAUCCAUACAGUACGUACAUACCAUGGUCAUCAAUCUCACUAUUUGUAUUAAAAAAGAGCCAUAUUUCAUAUUAUACUAUUGCUAUUGUAACUUAAGAAUCUGAUUUUAUGUCUGUUAAUCAUUACACUAGUUUCUUUUGUAUUAUGUCUAUGUUAUUAAAACUAUAUGACGCCAAUCCCAAUAGCUUUGCAUACUUGAGCUGCCAGCUCUUACAUUACUUUCUAUGCUGCAACAUGGGAACAUCAAAUUAACAUUCAACGUUUUUUUAACUCUCACACUUGUUCAGCCAUGUAUUGUACGAUUAGUCUGUAAAUUAAAAGUGUAUUGUCCAAGUAAAGUGUAGGUGGUUGAGUGCUUCGUACUCUAGUGGAUAUGAUGCUGUAGUCAGGUAAAUUAUGUGGUUAUUGUGAAGAUAAAAUAAAUUAUUGCUUAUAUUUGAAGAAA